GGGAAAGUCGGCGGGGCUUGCGGCGGCCGGCGAGGCCCUGGCGCUGCCCACAGUCAUGAUGGCGGCCAAGGGGUCCCGUCAGCGGCCUCGAUGGGGCUCAGCAUCAGGGGAGGCGGCGGCGGCGGCGGCGGCGAGUGUUGUGAGCCGCCCGCGCGAGGAAGCGGCGCCUGAGGAGCCCAAGGCCGAGCCGAGUGGGAGCAAAGCAGGGCACGUCUGGGCCCCGGAAGGAUCUACGGCUUUCAAGUGCUUAAUCUCAGCCAGGUUCUGUGCCGCCCUCCUGAGCAACAUCUCCGACUGCGAUGAGACCUUCAAUUACUGGGAACCGAUGCACUACCUCGUUUAUGGGAAAGGCUUCCAGACAUGGGAAUACUCUCCUGUCUAUGCCAUCCGCUCCUACGCAUAUCUGUGGCUCCAUGCUUUCCCGGCCUUGUUCCAUGCCAGAGUUCUGCAAACAAACAAGGUUCUUAUCUUCUAUUUCUUGCGCUGUCUUUUGGCUUUCCUGAGUUGUGUUUGUGAGCUCUACUUUUAUAAGGCAGUGUGCAAGAAAUUUGGGCUGCAUGUGAGCCGUCUCAUGUUGGCUUUCCUGGUACUCAGUACUGGGAUGUUCUGCUCAGCUGCUGCCUUCCUCCCCAGCAGCUUCUGCAUGUACAGCACAUUAGUAGCCAUGACUGGGUGGUACAUGGAUAAAGUCUCUCUGGCAGUCUUGGGAGUGGCUGCUGGAGCCAUCGUGGGUUGGCCUUUCAGUGCUGCACUUGGGCUUCCAAUUGCCUUUGACUUUCUUAUCCUGAAAAGAAGAUGGAGGAGCUUCCUAAGAUGGUUUCUUGUGUCACUGGUGGUGUUUCUGGUUCCCUUGGUGGCUGUCGAUAGUUAUCACUAUGGGAAGCUGGUGGUUGCUCCUCUCAACAUUGUCUUGUAUAAUGUCUUCACGUCACAUGGACCAGAUCUUUAUGGAACAGAGCCCUGGUCUUUCUACUUCAUCAAUGGCUUCUUGAACUUCAACGUGGCUUUUGCUUUGGCACUUCUGGCCUUGCCAUUAACCUCCCUCAUGGAAAGUUUGCUGCAGAAGUUUCACGUUCAGAACCUGGGGCGUCCUUACUGGCUGACGCUUUCUCCUGUGUACAUCUGGAUCCUGAUUUUCUUCAGCCAGCCUCACAAAGAAGAGAGGUUUCUGUAUCCCAUCUACCCUCUUAUUUGUCUCUGUGGGGCUGUGGGACUCUCUGCCCUUCAGAAAUGCUACCAUUUUAUAUUCCAACGUUACCGUCUGGAGCACUACACUGUCUCUUCAAACUGGCUGGCACUGGGAACAGUCUUUGUUUUUGGGCUGCUCUCCGUGUCACGAUCGGUGGCAUUAUUCCGAGGCUACCAUGGGCCUCUUGACCUGUACCCAGAAUUUCACAGGAUUGCCACCGAUCCCACAAUUCACACAGUGCCAGAGGGGAGACCAGUUCACGUUUGUGUAGGGAAGGAGUGGUAUCGGUUUCCCAGCAGCUUCCUCUUGCCCGAUAACUGGCAGCUUCAGUUCAUUCCAUCAGAGUUCAGGGGCCAGUUGCCAAAACCAUUUGCCAAAGGACCAAUGGCUACACGCAUCAUUCCAGCAGACAUGAAUGACCAAAACCAGGAAGAACCCUCUAGAUAUUUAGAUAUUUCCAAAUGCCAUUACCUGGUGGAUUUAGACACCCCAACUGAAGCGCCCAGGGAGCCAAGAUAUGCAGCAAACAAAGACGAAUGGAUCAGUAUUGCCUACAAGCCCUUCCUAGACAGUUCAAGGUCCUCAAAGCUGUUCCGGGCUUUCUACGUCCCCUUACUCUCCGACCAGCAUACAACUUACAUGAACUACACCAUCCUAAAGCCCCGGCGUUUGAAACAAGCCAGGAAAAAGGCCGGCAGCUAGAGCCUCCCAGAACCCAAGAGAGAACCAGCCAGAGAGUCUGGCUUUUGCGUCAGGUUUUUUAAUCCCAUCCGCCCACCCUCCUUUUUGUUAAGUGCAGCCUGAGGGUAUCAGGAGAUGGAAAAAAAACCCUACAGCUGUGAACUUUUCCCACUUUGGGCUCACUGGGUGUUCUGCAAAGGUAUUAAGGAGACAUAAUCUGCCACUUUUUGGGGAGGGGGAGUGGGUUUAAAAAACAAAACACAUUCAGAAACUUCCUGGGAGAACACAAGCAAGGUUUGCUAACAGACUUGCCUGUUGCCUUUCUUGCUGGAGAGUCCACAGAGGCAGAGGAUUUGGCUUGAGAAAAAGGACCAUAUCCUGGCUGCAGACUGGCUAUUGAUAAUGCAGCAGUUUCCUCCUUCACCACUGCUCAAUCCUGCCUACCUUGCAGGGAUUGGUGGGUUUGUUUGGCAGUUGUUUCUUAUUUUAUUUGGAGAGGACUUUGGGAGAAAAAAUACAAUGGUGCCUCAAGGUGCGCAUGAGAGGCACUACCUGGUGGGUCGCCUUGAGAGAAUGGACUGCCUUCCUUCAGAGGAAAAAAGACUUGACUUGCACUUUUAAAAACUGUGACAUGGCUAAUUCUGUAAUUUUGUGAAAUGUGACCCCUCUGUGAACGGGUUUUUAUUUUCAAGAUUUCUGUUGUCUUUGUCGUCAGCUCUUGCCAAAAUGCAAGGAGAUUGUUUUGUUUUAAAUAUGCAUUUUCCUUUUACUCUUCUCUACAAUCUCGACUCUUUGGAAAAUGUCUGCCGUUGUUGCAUUGCUCAGUUUUCAAAGAGGCAGAAUGGAGAACUUUCCUUUUUUAAUGGCACACCCUUCGCUGUGGUAUAGGGUUGUGUUGCAUUCAGUCUGUACUGUGAGGCUGUCUUUUGUGUUCAUUAAAAUUGAGACUUCAACCUUUA